AUGUGUCUUGUUGGCGGUGGCACCGUGGCCUGCCUCGUUUUGGCUGCCCUUGCUCUACUCGCAGCCUGCGAUACAGUCACCAUGCCUGCUGGCAAUGUUGUAAGCGGGGCUACACUGCAUGCCGUGACGAUCACAACGGAAGUCGCAACCUCCUUGCCUCAAUUUCUCCGUUCGUCGAGAUGCUCGGAGAACUGGAACACGCGAAAGUGUCGGCAGUGCGCGCAUGAGCUUUCCCACCAUCGAAUCUCAGCGCGUGGAGCGCUCGAUCGUGGCGAAGAUUUGUUGGAGCAUGCAAAGCUCCUCGGCCAAACCGAACGGCUGGAUGCACUUAACGAGGACCUGGACAAGAUUCUCGUGAACGGUGAAAAUGCAACUUUGCUGACCAACCCGGGAGAGCUCGUACAAGGCCGCCUCCAAAAGCAGAAAAGAAAGGUGCAUGCGCUGCUUUGCCAGCUGGAGGCUCGCUUGCAGGUCUUGCGCGUCCAUUCCCAGAUGGUGGAGGCAAACUUGAAGCUGCAGCCAUCAUCAGUUUUGACCAUCACCGACAAUUCUGAGAUGCUGACGGGCAAUGUUCUUGAAGACGAAGUUGCACAAAGCCACGGCAGCUCGUAG